AUGUCUUGGCAAAACACCAAAGACCUGGCUGAGGCCCUGCCCGAUGCUUCUUCAACUGGCUGGGGUACUGACACCAAUGCUGCUCCGGCUUCUGAUGGCUGGGGUGUAGAUGCUUUGGUCGACACUACCGCCGAUGUUGAGGAGGCCCCCCGUCCAUCUUAUACUCCUGCUGGCAUCACCAAGACACCAGGUGAAGUCGGAUGGGCUGACAAUAAGAAUUCUGCUUAUGACUAUGCAACCUUCAGCAAGUCGAACAAGCAGCUUGCCGAUGAAAAGGCUGCGCAUGGUGAAGCCGAAGGUCAGACUCCAGGUGAUGGCCAAGACCCUGAAGCUGAGCCCGUUGGUGCCGUCGGUGGUUUGACAAGCGGCGAAUGGGCAUCCAGUGCUGUUGUUUAUGAAUGGCGCGAGGAGUAUGGAGAUGUUGGCCCACGUUUUCCCGAUCUCGAAAAGCAAUUGUUUGGUUCCGAGCUCCAUGUCCGUGAAGGUAUCGAAUUUAAGGAGAUCUCUGAACUUCAAGUUAUUCAAGAGGGCAACAUCAAGCUCAACCCGGUCCGCAAGUUCGAGGAUGCUGGUCUACAUCCAGUCAUGUUGGAGAACGUUAGGUUGGCCGGCUACACUGUCCCAACCCCCAUUCAACAGUACACCCUUCCUGCCGUUCUCAAAGGCCAUGAUAUUGUUGCAUGCGCUCAAACUGGUUCCGGCAAGACCGCUGCUUUCCUCAUCCCGAUUCUGUCAAAGUUGAUGGGUAAGGCCAAGAAGCUUGCGGCUCCGCGACCAAACCCUGCAACCUUCAUAUCCGGAACUCAUGCACCCGUUCGUGCUGAGCCUUUGGUCUUGAUCGUAUGCCCAACUCGUGAACUGGCCACUCAGAUCUUCGAUGAAGCUCGGCGCUUCUGUUACCGAACCAUGCUUCGUCCUUGCGUCAUUUACGGCGGUGGACCCAUUUCCGAACAGUUCAUUCAACUCCAAAAGGGUUGCGAUGUUCUCGUUGCAACUCCAGGUCGGCUGUGUGAUUUUAUCAACAGACCCACUAUUCUCACCCUCAAGCGUCUCAAGUACAUGGUGAUUGAUGAGGCUGAUGAGAUGCUAACAUCUGACUGGGACGUUGAGCUGAACCAAAUCAUGUCCGGUGGUGAUCAAGAGGAUGGCAAUAUCAACUACUUGAUGUUCUCCGCAACCUUUCCUAAGAUUGCCCAACAGCUUGCUACCGAGCACCUUGCGCCCAGUCACGUUCGCGUCCGCGUCGGUCGUGCUGGUAGCAGUCACAAGAACAUCAAGCAGGAGAUUAUCUACGUUGAGCCUUCGAUGAAGAAACAAGCUUUGUGGGACUUGCUGAUGUCUGGAAAAGCUGCUCGCACCAUCAUUUUUGUCAACUCCAAGCGUACCGCUGAUGAGGUUGAUGAUUUCCUUUUCAACCAAGACCUCCCCUGUACCUCCAUUCAUGGCGAUCGCACUCAGCGUGAGCGUGAGGAUUCCAUCCGUGCUUUCCGCAUGGGCAAGGCCCCAGUUCUUAUCGCCACUGGUGUUUCCGCUCGUGGUUUGGACAUCCACUUCGUUGCUCAUGUCAUCAACUACGAUCUGCCUUCACACAAUCACGGUGGUAUUGAGGAUUACAUCCACCGCAUUGGUCGUACCGGCCGUAUUGGAAACCUCGGUCUUGCGACUUCGUUCUUCAAUGAUCGUGAUGCCGACCUCGCCGAGCCCAUCGUCAAGGUUUUGCUUGAGACUGGUCAGGCUAUCCCCGACUUCCUUACCGAAUACAUCCCAGAGGGUUUCGAGGAUGGAAAAGGCGAUGUCUCAAAGUUGCAGUUUGAACCUUUGGAGGAGGAGUUUAACGUUGCCGAUCCUGCUGAUCCUGGAUGGGGAGUAACUGAACCUGCGCCUGUCCAUAGUGGAUGGGGUCUUCCAUCUCUGGCUGAUCUUAAACCUACUGCUACUGGCUGGGGUCUUCCUACUACUGGCUGGGGUGCUCCACCUCCGGCUCCUACUCCAGCUAAAGCUACUAUGGUUCCUGGUGGAUGGAACUCUGAGGUACCGCCUUCUUCUUCCAAAUCAGCCUGGUAA